AUGGAUCUCGAAAACGGGCAUUCGCCAGCACCCAAUGGCGGUGCUCUCAACGGCUCCGCCAAACAGCCCCACUAUUAUUCCAUCCCCACCCCCGAGAGCGUGGAGCAGGCCCAGUUGUUGUUUUUGCGAUUCAAUGCUCUUAAUCAAUCCGACCACCCGGUGACACCCGAACUCGAGGGCAUCGUCACCCGGCUGCACACCAUGGGCCAGGAGCAGCAGCUGUACAACAAGCGUCUGGCAGAGGUCAACAGCGCCCGAAAAGCCGCCCACAACAAGAUCGACCUCGACCUGCUCCGAACCCAGGUCAACGCGUUCAGAUACCUGAGCCGAGGUCUCGACAUGCCCACCGACGUGCAGGAGCGCCUAAUGGAGACGGUAGGCAUCGAAAGUGACAUCACCGAAGAGGAGGCUGACGCAGCACUUGAAAAGUCACUCACCCCUUACCAGCGACGUCUCAAGGACAGCGGAGUGCCCCCCCGAGGCGGGUUUGUGGACAACGGGCGGGGAGUCGGUGGACGACACGAGUUCAUCAUCACGAACCGAAUCUCGCAGCGGAUUCUGGAGCUCGAGUCUCUGCCAUCAAACCUCGGAGUGUUGGAUGCUUCCCGGGAUGAUCUCGGCAAAGCCGAAGGCACUGAUGCGCUCAAAGUACGAGCUGUGGCCGAGCUCAAGGCCCUGCGGCUGCUAACCAAGCAAAAAAGUCUGCGGCAACAUCUAGUCUUCUGCAAGGCCCAGACGUCCCAGGUGACCGACUCGGUCAUCAACCGGGCUCUCAACCGACGAGCCAAGGUGCAGACCGCGCACGAGAUGCGACUGACGGAGCAGCUAGAGCGACAGCAGCGCAUGGAGCGUGAACGCAAGCAGCGGGAGGAAAUCAUGGCGUACGUCAACUCGGUGUGCCACCAGUCGGACCGAAUCAGAGAAGAGGCCCAUCGUCGACGAACCAAGCAGUACGCCGUGGCCAAGGGCAUCCAGCAGUUCCACUCGUACGUUGAGCGAGAAGAGAGUCGACGAGUCGAGCGAACUGCCAAGCAGCGUCUGCAAGCUCUCAAGUCCAACGACGAGGAGGCCUACCUCAAGCUCCUGGACCAGACCAAGGAUACACGUAUCACCCACUUGCUGCGACAGACCAAUUCGUUCUUGGACUCUCUGUCAUCUGCCGUUCGUGCUCAGCAAGGAGAAGCCGGAACUCAAAUGCCCAUUCCUGCUGCGGAGGAAGAAGGAGGAGAGGGAGAAGAGGACCGCGAGAAGAUCGACUACUACCAUAUUGCUCAUCGAGUCAAGGAGACAGUCUCCAAGCAGCCUUCUAUCUUGGUUGGGGGUCAGCUCAAGGAGUACCAGCUCAAGGGUCUGCAGUGGAUGGUGUCUCUGUAUAACAACUCUCUGAAUGGUAUCUUGGCCGACGAAAUGGGCCUUGGAAAAACUAUCCAGUCCAUUUCCCUCAUUACCUACCUUAUUGAAGUCAAGAGACAGACCCGGCCUUACCUGGUCAUUGUCCCUCUCUCGACACUCACUAACUGGACCAAUGAGUUUGAAAAGUGGGCUCCCAGCGUUAAGAAGAUUGUGUUCAAGGGUUCGCCCAACCAGCGUAAGGAGUUGUCCAACCAGGUACGAGCAGGAGACUUCCAGGUGCUGCUCACCACCUACGAGUACAUCAUCAAGGACAAGGCGCUUCUGGGCCGAAUCCGGUGGGUGCAUAUGAUCAUUGACGAAGGUCAUCGAAUGAAAAACACCCAAUCCAAGCUUGCCCAGACGCUCACGCAGUUCUACUACUCUCGAUACCGACUCAUUCUUACAGGUACCCCUCUGCAGAACAACCUGCCCGAACUGUGGGCGCUGCUCAACUUUGUGCUACCCAAGAUUUUCAACUCGGUUAAGACGUUCGACGAGUGGUUCAACACGCCGUUUGCUAACAGCGGAUCACAGGACAAGAUGGAGCUCACGGAAGAAGAGACGCUGCUGGUCAUCCGACGUCUUCAUAAGGUGCUGCGUCCCUUCCUGCUGCGACGUCUUAAGAAGGACGUUGAGAAGGAUCUCCCCGACAAGGUGGAGACCGUCAUCAAGUGCAAGAUGAGCGCUCUUCAGCUCAAAAUGUACCAGCAGAUGCUCAAGUACAACGCUUUGUACGUUGGUGACGAUUCUGGCGCGGCUGGUGUCAACAAGAGCGGAGUCAAGGGUCUCAACAACAAGAUUAUGCAACUGCGUAAGAUUUGUAACCAUCCUUAUGUAUACGAGGAAGUCGAGACUCUUCUGAACCCAUCACAUGGCAACAACGACCUACUGUGGCGUUCUGCAGGUAAGUUUGAGCUUUUGGACCGAAUUCUGCCCAAGUUCAAGGCUAGGGACCAUAGGGUGCUCAUGUUCUUCCAAAUGACCCAGAUUAUGGACAUUAUGGAGGACUAUUUGCGGCUCCGUGGCUUGCAGUACCUGCGACUAGAUGGUAACACCAAGGCCGACGAUCGAUCCGAGAUGCUGAAGCUCUUCAACGCUCCCGAUUCGCCCUAUUUCUGUUUUCUGCUGUCCACUCGAGCUGGUGGUCUAGGUCUGAACCUGCAGACAGCCGACACAGUUAUCAUCUACGACACUGAUUGGAACCCUCAUCAGGAUCUGCAGGCACAGGAUCGAGCACAUCGAAUUGGUCAAACCAAGGAGGUGCGAAUUCUGCGUCUGAUCACAGAGGAUUCCGUUGAGGAGGUUAUUCUCCAGCGAGCUCACGCAAAGCUUGAAAUCGACGGAAAGGUCAUUCAGGCCGGAAAGUUCGAUAACAAGUCGACGGCCGAGGAGCAGGAGGCGUUCCUGCGAGGGCUGCUGGAGCAGGAGGAGUCUAAGCGUGGCUCUCGAGAGGCAGAGGACGAGGACCUUGACGAUGAGGAGCUCAACGACCUGCUGGCUCGAAACGAGGAGGAGCGGGCUUUCUACGCCCAGAUGGACGCCGAGCGGAACGCCACAAGCGAUUAUGGCAAGGGCGCAGGACGACCCGAUCGGCUGCUUUCCGAGUCCGAGUUGCCGGACCAGUUCACUCAGGAUGUGUCUGAGCAUUUCCGAGAGGACGACAUGGCCGACUCGGACAAGUACGGCCGAGGAGCUCGAGAGCGAAAGGAAGUGUACUACGACGACGGCCUCACAGAGGAGCAGUGGCUCAACAUUGUGGACAAUGACGAGGAUCUGGACGCUGCCAUCAAGAAGCGACGCCGAAGCCGACGGUCCCGAGCCCCCACUGAUCUGGAUGACGGUCUGGACGCCGAUGAUAUCAUCGUUGACGAUGCCGAUGGAGACGACCAGUUUGUCGACGAAGAGGCGUCUCCUCCUCCCAAGAAGAAGAACAAGAACAAGAUCCCCAAGGUCCGGGAAACCUUGUCUGUGGCUGACCGGGAGGAGCUCAACGAGUCAUGCCAGCUGGCUCUCAACGAGUGUUUUGCGCUGACGGAGCCCUGGGAUCCUGAAGAUGAGUCUGCGGGCCUGCGGCAUGUGUGUGACCUGUUCCGGUCCAUUCCCUCCAAAAAGCUGUAUCCCGACUACUUCAAGCUCAUCAAGAAUCCGAUUGCGCUUGACGUGAUCCAGAAGAAGGUGAAGCAGAAUGUGUACCAGAACCGGUACGAUUUUGUGGCUGAUUUCGAGCUCAUGAACCAGAAUGCUCGAACCUACAACGAGGAGAACUCUCCGGUUGUUACGGAUGCCGACCGUCUUUUGGACAUUGCCCGGGGUUAG